ACAUUUCUGCAGUCCAGAACGGCAGAGCUGACUACCUACACGAAGUUGGAUAUGACCAAUGCAUGAGGAUGAUCCAGGAUGGCACCCUCUCACUAGGACCUAACAACUACAUAACAGGCCUGAGAGUUAAUCAGACGACUACAAGAAGCAUUACUCUUGCAGGCAGCACCAAUAACGAAGGAGGCUGUGAAACAACAUAUUAUUCGGACCAGUUUGGAACUUGGCCCAAUGUCAUAGCACAAGGAGUAGUAAAAAUCACUCUCCGAACCUCCUACGUUCCAGUUCACCUAGAAUCCGGAAGAAUAAUACUAAAAUCCGGUACAGUCUGUCAACUGAAGGACGGAUUUUGUAUCGACUCAGACGAUGGAUAUUCAUAUUGGAAAGUUGCUCCGGCAUCGCCCUGUGACUUUCACCAGUAUGAUGUACUUUACGAAGGACAAGCGACGAAACUACAGGAGGAUCCAAAUGACCCAUAUUCUCCUGUAAUCUACAGCCUCAUCACUCAGGACAUUACGUUUGCACUCACCAAAACUCGUGAGUUUCCCCUGUGCGGAUACGUCUUGUUUCGCACAGAACACCCAAAACUUUUCGUACUUGAAACAAAAAGGGGAGACGCUCCCUCCAUUCGAAAGCAAAUCCCCAUGCAAAAUCUUGACAUUUUCGCAUAUGUGAACUCCAAGUUCGUAUAUGUGGAAAAACAUAUCAAACAACAGAUGAUUUCCUUGUAUCACAACGUGAUGCAACAAAAGUGCGAACUUGAAAGACAAGUAAUAACCAAUGCUCUGUCUUUCGCAACGCUACAACCUGACGAGUUCGCAUACCGAUUAAUGAAAGGACCAGGAUAUAUGGCUGUCACCGCAGGAGAGGCCAUAUUCGUUAUCAAAUGUAUACCAAUCGAAGCCACAGUACGCCGACCCAAGGAAUGUUUCACCGAACUUCCUGUGACUGUGCGCAACUCCAGUAUGUUUUUAACACCAAAAUCCAGGAUACUUACUAAAGUAGGAAACCAAAGAGAGUGUAAUCAUGAAAUGCCUACUCUCUAUCGUAUUGAAGACACCUGGGUACAGCUGUCGCCAGACCCACAAGUCCGACAGACGUCACCUCAACAACUUAAACCUAUGGCCCAGCUAACUUGGAGAUAUCUAACGCCUGGACCACUUGCUGUUAGCGGAAUUUAUUCUGAAAAGGACAUUGAACGAUUAAGGGAACACAUUAUGUUUCCUGCUGAGAAGCCAGCUGUGCUUAACUCUAUCGCUAGAGGAUUGACCGGACAUUCAUUUGACCCAAAUGCUGUCUCAUUGUACAACAUGUUGGACGAAAACGCUCUAAAUAAAAUUGCCGAGUCCGCAGCCUCUAAGGUCUGGAAGGGAUUUGUCUCUUUCGGAUCAGCCACAGCCGGAUUGUUUGGAAUAUUCUUAAUCGUACGAUUGAUUAAGAUUAUCAUUGACACAACUAUUCAUGGAUACGCCCUACAUACUGUCUAUGGAUGCAGUAUGCACUUGCUUGGAGCCUUAUGGAGUUCCAUCACACACCUGCUUCUCCAUUUGGCCAGAGGACCCAUUGACAAGGACAAGGAACAACAUCUUGAUGACCAGGACACAACACCCAAGCUGACGAGUACGAGCAAGGAUCACCAGAUCACCAUCAGCAGCCCUACCUGCCCAGUCGAGGAACAACCUCAUCUCAGCGAAUCACCGAUUAUUGUAACUACCCCAUCUACUUAUACUUACCUUGAUUUAAAUCAAAGAUUGGAUGAGGUUAGUCAAAUUCCUCGAUUGCAACGGAAUUUGACUUAAAAAAAGGGGGAGGUGUGACGUCCCGUCAUUUUUCCUUAUUUUUCAUUAUUUUUCACAAUUUUUGACGCAAAACUAUUUUAAAUGCUGUAAAGACACAUUUAACAAAAUUAAAAUGAAAUCAAGUAAACUUUAAUGUCAACGAAUUUAAACCUCAAUCCUGAAAGAUUUAAAUCAAUCUCAAUAAGACAUUUAAGGUGUAAACCACCUUCUCACGGUAGCGAGCCAGAACUAACUGACCAAACCGUGACAAACAAUAUUGACGUCAUGUUAAAUAAUUGCAGCAAUCCUCUGAUUGCCUGAUUAAACAAUUCUCACAUGAUAAUUAAAAGAAUAAUUCGGUAAUAACCUUACCGAACUAACGAAAUAAAGAUUAUUGACGUCACUAUUGUAUAAUAAUAACAAGCGCCUAAAAACAAAUAUUCAUAUAUAAUAAUAUUUUUAUAUAACCAAAUAUCACUAAAUAUUCUAUUCUCUAAUAUAUAAUCUCAUAUUAGCCACCGCUAUAUUUGGAUGGCUACAGUAAUUUUUAUUAAUCGUUUAUUCUCAUAAUUAAUCUGAUUAAUCCCGUAUAACUAUUUGCGUUUAAAAGUUCGUAAGCAAGUAAUCUAACGUUAAGCAAGUUCAAAAGAAUCUGCUUGCAGCCUGGAUAUAAUUAUUUACAGUCAUAGAAUAUUAUACUUUUACAAAGGUAAGGAUAAUGCCUUUUAUCCUUCCCCGAUUCCCAACCCCGACAUUCUACAACACUAAAACAACACAUUCAUUCUUAACAUUACAUAAAUUCUAUCUUAUACUAUUAAAUUAAUCUUUUGGUAACAGCGAUAAAUGGAAAAGUUUUCACAAAAUUUAGUACUACUUCAUUAUAAUUUUGGUGGCAGCAAUUUUUGAACAGCCUAAUGAUAUAAAUAUUACUUUCUUUAAUUUUAUUUUUGGUCGCAACAUAAUUCUAAAAGUCAUAUUAAGUUUAAAUUCCGACAGAAAAUAUUAAGCACCAACUAUUCUUUAUCUAUUUGCACCAAAUAAAUUAUUCUGGAAUAAUUACUUUAAUAAUUGACUAAUCGAAAUAAAUAUUUCAUUAAAUAAUUUUUAAAUUACUUGCACAACAAACCGAUUUUCAUACAAUUCGAGUAAACUGUAAUCUUAAAAUAAUAAAUUAAUAUUAUUAAAUAAAUCAGAAAUUUACUAAUUAAAUAACUCUGCAAUUUACUAUAAACAUUUGCUUUAAAAACAAGGAAAAUAAAUCUAAGACGUGCCACAUUAAAAUUAUAUAAAUUUCAAAACUUUGUCCCACAAAAAUAUUUCAUAUCUCAAAAUUUUGAUCGAUAAGCUAAAAAUUGCAUAUAACAUUAAUUGCAUAAACUUUCAUUGUGAACACAAAAACCGCAAUUCCAAAUUCGUAUCUUAAAUAAAUUUUCUCAUAAUAAAGUAAACAUUCCCAAAUAAAUUUAUUUAAAAGAUCUAAAAGCUACAAUUAGUCUUGGUACUCCGCGUACAUUAAGAACAUAUAUAUAAGUCAGAACAAAAUAAUACUAUUUUCUUAAUAUUACCAUAAAGUCAAAAUUUUUGAUCGACAACCUAAAAAUUUUAUAUAACAUAAAAUUCUCAGUAUUUAAGUGCCUAAACGAUCACAUAAAAGUUAUGCCCAAAUUUAACAUAAUUAUAAAUUUAUAGAAAUACACUUCAAAAUUUUGACCGUUAAUCGAAAUUCUUUAUAAGACAUAAAUUUACGUACAAUCAGUUAUCUAAACAGUCCCAUAGAAAUAACGUUAAAAUUUUAAUUGUUUAAACCCCCAUGAUAUAACAAUGUCAAAAUUUUUACAAUGACAAAGAGAGUUAUGUAUCGGCAUCAAUACUGUUUUACCUCCUCUAUAAGUACAUACUAUUAAUACUAGCUCAUAUUGAUAUCCAUUAUAAAUUCUUAAUUUGUUUAAACAAAAUAUUGAUUUACAAUUUUUAUAAAUUUCACCAUACAACUUCUUUUGACCAUUUGAAUCUAACUACACACCUUUUAUUUUGAUCAAAAACAAUAACCUUUUUAUUUGUUUAAAUAAAUGAAUUAUCAAAAAUCCAGAAUAUACGUUUGAAAGGCCUUCUAUAAAAACGAUUUUAGGAAUUGAUCCGAACCCUUAAUCUUUAACCGUUCCGGAGCUACGAUUUUCUGAAAAACUCACCCCGGAACCACCCUCAUGACACAAAAUGCACUCCGUAAGAAGGGAGGCAGGGCCGAUCAUUAUAAACAUACUCCCGACCUUAAAAUAAUUUUUUUUCGAAAUCACCCCCUCUGAUUAAAACCACCCCCAUAAGAAAAAUUACCCCUUAAAUAAUUAGUAACAUCCCCCUAGGUUUCAAAUUUUUCCGACAAAUAACUUAGAAGUUACAAAUUUUGAAGUAGAGUAUUUUAUAUACCUUACUUUUGGGACACCCUAUACAUAUAUAAUUAUCUCUGUGUCGAAAUUAAAGUUAAAUAAAUUAUCAAAUUUAUUAAAAUCAUAAAAUAACUCAAUAAUUCAAUUCUCGCGAAAAUAACCCUAUUAGUUUAAAAAUAAAACCAUUUAACAUUUUAAAAUUAUUAAUAAUUGAUUCUGACAAAACGAAAGUACUAUCAAAAAUUUCGGAAUAAUAAAUUGUACUUAUAAAUUAAAUUUCGUCUUUUUAACUCUAAUAGUUUAAGAGAAAGAAAAUUUUUAAUUAAGAAAUAUAAUUAAUUAAUAAAAAUCAAUAAUUAUCAAAAUUAAGGAGUAAAACUAUUUUCUAAAUUUUUAAUAUCGCGAAUAAUACCCACAGAUUUAUUUUCAAGUUUUUAUCCCGUAAAGUACGCGAGAAAUAGAACAUCAAAAUUUAUUGUUUAUAAAAUAUCAGUAAUUAUUGAGUUGAAAAAAUAAAAAUAUUAUCUUAUUGUUCGAGACCAAAAGUUACUUUAACAAUUUAAAUUUCACGUCUUUAGCUCAAAUAGUUUGGAAGUAAUCCAAAAGUUAUUUAAGAAACUUAAUAAAUUUUUAUUGCAAAAACGGUAACAUAUGAAAAGCUCGCGCUUAUAUCCUUUAUACAUAUGGACCCAACGAUCAUCAUGCAUUUUAGAACGGAGCUCUAAGUAACUCCGAUUUAUUAUAAAAAAUUCCGUUAAUAAUAAAACUAUAAUUGUUUAUAACAACUAAACGGUUGCCCCUAUAACUUUAAAACAUUAUUAAAAAAUAAAGAGCUCAAGCUAAAGAAUAUUAUCCUAAAAUUUCAAUUUUUCAAGACUAAUAGUUCUGACAAUAUAAAAUUUCAAACUUUCAUGUUAUACGUAUGCUCCAGUACGACAAGAUGGCGGAUACACGGGUACACGAAAAACGUAAAGCCUUAUACCUGUAAAAUAUGAACUUUUCCAAUAUAACUCUCAUUGGAUUUUUGCUACGGUCAAAUUAAAGACAAUAUUAUUUCAUUACUAAAGUUUUAAUUUCAUAAUUUUCGCUUAAAAGAUUAACGAAUAAUUCAAUUGUUAAUUUAAAAUUAUUGCAUAAAGUAUAUGUCGAAUAAGCUGCAGAUCGUUGAAGCUAUACGAAUUGCCAAAUUAUAUAAAAUCAAAUAAAAUACCCAGUCAUCGGAACAAAUCUCAUAUAAUACAUAAUUAAAUAUUUAUUAAAAAUUAAAUAAAUUUAACAAUAGUUUACCUAAUAAACAAUUUUUACGAAUAAACGCUCCUUGCUGAAAAAUUAACUAUCUCGUAAAAUAAGAAAGAACAUUCGGCAUAAAACUCGCUCUUCACCUUUGAAUACAUCUAAAAUAUGUCAUUUUGUUAAAUUAAAAAUUUAUUACAAUUAAACCCUUCACCCCCUAACCACCAAACUUGAAUACGAUUUAGGAUAAACAUUUAAAAACAUGCUUGCAAAAUUUCAAGAAUUUUUACGUACUAGUUUCAAAGUUAUUAAAUUAUAAAAUAAGAGCGACAUAAAAUCAUUUCUCAUAGUACACAUAUAUACUCACACAUACACGCAUGACAUGUAUAUGAGAACCUACUACAUGGACAAGUCAAAUAAGAAACUUUUUAAAUAAUGCAUAUUUAACAUUUCUAAUUCGGGCAUAUAAAAGGAAACGUUACUUUACAAUCAAAAUUUCAAUUUCAUAGCUCUAACUCAAAUUGUUAACUAACAAGCUCAAUUUGCAACUAACAGUUAUUACACGUAUAUCGUAUUUUAGCAAGCAAGAAAUCUUCAUAGUCGUAUACUCUUGGCGACGGCUCACGAAUUCCAGUGACAAAUUUAAAUUCAUAUUAAAACCUUUUAAUUUAUAAUAAAUUGUCAUUAACUAUUAAUAAAUAAUAAAAAUAAUGUAAUUUACAGUUGCAAAUAAAAUCUUCUUAAUUAUAAAAUUGUUAAACUCUUAAUGAGAAAUAAUUAUUCAGCAUAAGAAUUACAGCUAGUAUAUAUAAAGGUACAAAAUUUAACAUAAAACUGAAGUCUUAUUGUCACUAAACUUCCCCCCUCCCCUCUAUAAAAUUUGGUGUUUGAGUUAAAAUAAACCUUCAAAAAUAUGGAACGCAAGAUUUCAUUUCAAUAAGUUCAUCCGUUUUCAAACUACAGACGUUACAAGUCAAAUAAGCUUAAAUAAUUUUUCCGACGGACACCGACAUGUACUUACACAUUGACAGCAUUACACAGACAUUACUAACACAUAUUCAGCACUAAAAGAUUUUUUCGGCAAUACUUACACUUUUCUUACCACUUCCCCAAGAUACAUAAUAUUUUUGUACAUUCAAAUCUAAAGUCUCGAUUUUUUCUGACCAUCCAUUCAAAAGUUAUAGAAUAAAAUAUAUAUAUAAUUUUAUUCAUUGUUCUGAAUGCAUCUUCUUAAGAGAAUAGCCUUGACAAUGAUUGCAUCAUUGCGUCAUACUUUCAUGCGUUGAUAAAAUUCCAUGCAAGCAAAACUUUCUUUAUAUAAAUCUAAUAUAAUAUCACGGUAAAAUAUUAUAAGUAAAAGCUCUACUUAAAUAGUAAGAACUUCUCUUUCUUUUAAACUCUCUACAAUCACAAAAUUACAGUAACAAUCUUAAUAUAAUAAUAUAAAAAAAAAUUAACUAUUAUUUUAUUAACAAAUUACAGGAAAUUUUAAGGUAUGACAAGAAUAAAAGAUGUAUCUCACCACCAAUAAUCGUGUGAGCCAGGAAAUAAAUGAAUAAAUAUCUUCAUUAAUUUUUAAAUGAAUUAAGUAAUAUAUCUACACACAUAUACACGCACACAUCUUUACGCCUAUACAUGUACAGGCAAAAGACAAGCUCCUUUAAAUAAUAAUUUUGCACACUUCCUACCUAUACCCCUCAAAGGCAAUAUCUUUUUACAUUCAGAUUUUAAAUUUCAUUAAAAUCUGUCCGCGCGUUUAGGAAAUAUGAAUUUUUCUUUCUUUAAAAUAAUUAUAUAUUACACAUGCUGCAUGCAGUGAGAAAAAAUCGAUAAUCUUAUGGGAGAUUUACACGUGAAAAAGAUUCAAUUAUAAGUCAAAAACUAUUGGAUUCAGAAACAUGAAAAUUUACACUUAAGUUCUUUUUAACAUUAUAAAGUUAAAUACUAAAUCUCAAAUUUUUAAUUUUAUUAGUUUUGGAGAUAUUGAUUUUUAAAGAUCGAUAAUUUUAACACGUAACUUCCAUAAGAAAACACAUUUGAAUUUUUAAAAUAAUAAAUCGCCGGUAAAAAGGUAAUAACGAUGUAACAACCAUAAUUGUAUUGUAAUAAUACAUACAUUUAUUUAAAUUCCGAAACUCUGUAUCAAACCGUUUUCGAACAAUUAAGAUUUUUAUUUUGCACUCCCGCUGUAAGAGUGAGAGAGACGCACUUAUGCGUAAACCUAUAGUAAAAAUUUAAUUUCUUUUCCAUUUAAUUAUUCGAAAACUAUCGGUCACAUUUUUACAAGAUUGUACACUUAUGCUAAUUGAGUAACUACCUUUCUACUAAAAUUAUUGUCUUUACAAAAUUUUAACUGGAAAUUGUUAAUAACAAAAUUUACUGUUUUAUCACAAAAAUAACGGAAGAUGUCAAAAAGCGAUCAGUUUAGUAAAUGAAUCUUAUUUUCUACAACAGCGUGAACUAGAAAAUAAGUCGUCAAAAUUUCCGAUUUAUUGUUUUAAGCGAAAUUCAUUAUAAUAUUCACACGUACAAUACACAUGUAAGAGGUUUCACCUCCCCGCGCCUACAAGCUAGCCUUCAUAAGCGAGCUCUGCGGAGCGUAUUCUCAUUGACGGGUAGGAUCUCGAGUGAGAAACAUCUGAUUAGCGCAUUGACGGGGGAACCUCCGAGUAAGAAACAGUUAGCUCGCGCAUUGACGAGGGAACACUCGAGCGAGUAACAUCUAGUUAGAGUCAGUGAGAUUUUUAUAUCUUGUACUUUACCUGUCAAUCCGGUACGUUUAUACGUGUCGUCAAACUCUGUUAACAUCAGUGCGGAAAUUUGUACGCUUUUAGAGGUGAUCCGUGGAGUCUUGUACUCUCGAGCCCACCUCUAAAUUGCUUGUAAUAUCGAAGUGAAACAUUAAAACUUUUUAAAUCGAA